AUGAAGAAGUCCCCAGAGACUAUCAGUGGUCGGAUGACUUUUGCUCUCUGCUGUUACUCUCUGACGUUCAUGAGAUUCGCCUACAAGGUCCAGUCUCUGAACUGGCUUCUGUUUGCGUGCCACGCGACCAACGAGGUGGCCCAGCUCAUCCAGGGAAGUCGGCUCAUCAGACACAGGAUGAGUAAAAAGGCAUCCGCGUAG